UAUAUAUGUUGUGUAUAUCAUCUAUGCAUCUUUCAUAUCUUAAUUGAACUUCCAAAGCAUUCAUUUCAUGAUGAUUUUGCUUUCCUUCUCUCCCAAAACCAAAGCUUUGGUCUCAAUUCCAUUAAUCCCCUCUCAUCUUCUCAAUGCUCAGGAAAAACAUACAAAUUAUUUUCAAACCUUCCGCCCUACCUUUCCAUUGAGGUCACAGAUUCCGACUCGGUUCAUUUCGAUGAACAGGAAGGGCUUGUUUAUAGAGAAAUGCCGCAAGGAUGAUUCGCCGACACAUACUGAGGAAGAGGAAGACAAUAAUGGAGCUCUUCAAGCCGUCCUCAAGCUCUACGACUCAAUAAAGAACAGAAACAUUAUGGAACUGUCUGAAGUUUUCGGGGAUGAUUGUCAAUGUGGCUGCAAUUUUAUCCCGUUCUUCCGAUCAUUCCGAGGGAAGAAGCAAGUUUUGGCCUUUUUCUCUUACUUGAUGAGAAGUUUAGGAAGCAACAUAGAGUUUGUAGUUCAACCCACCCUGCAAGAUGGUAUGAACGUGGGAGUUUCUUGGAGAUUAGAGUGGAACAAGAAAAGAGUGCCUCUUGGAAAGGGUUUCAGCUUCCACAUAUGUCAAGUAUACCAAGGAAAGGUUUUGAUAAGCAACGUGGAGAUGUUCAUGGAAUCACUACUCCGUACAGAAGAAAUUGUACUGAAAUUGGUGGCUUCUAUGAUAAGGCUAAUGGAGAAAAAAAGUUCCUUUGUAUUUGUAGAGGGUAAAAUAUCAAAGCGGGCUAUAUACAGUCUACUUGCUUUGCUUUUAGGGGCUUCUCUUCUGUUCUUUUCAUAGUUCAGAUCAUAUAUUUUUGUAGUACUGCAUGGCAGGAUUAAGCCUUUCUCAUCCUCCCUCUCCAUUCAAGUUCUCUAUCUUUCCUGCGUCCACAAUGUGUACAUUUAUAUAGAUGAUAUCCGUAUAUAAAGGGCUCGAUCCCGCCUCCUAGUUCUUUGA